AUGUUUUCCUGCAAGGAGGCAAUUACUACAUUUAAAGGGAAACUCAAGCUGUUCUGGUUGAACCUUGGAAGACGAGAGUUUGCACAGUUUCCUUCCUUAGCAGUUAUAUCCACCGAUCUGCUUGAUGAUGACCUAGCAGUGUAUGUUGACCAUCUGAAGCAGUUGCAUAAUGAUAUGGACACUCGCUUCUCUGACCUACUCCAAAUGACUGUGCCACACUGGUUUGUGGAUCCCUUCAUUGCUGAUGUAUCUGAAGUUGAUGUCACCCUACAAGAAAGUCUCAUUGAACUUCAGAAUAACACAACAGCUCAAGCAAGGUUCAAGCGUGGAGGACACCAGAAGCUGUGGAUGAAUCAAGAUGUGUAUAAGAAGUACCCAAUACUCUGGAAAGAUGUGAAGUUGCUCUUACUUGCCUUUCCCACGUCUUACUUGGUUGAGACUGGUUUCAGUCGGGUGAUGUACCUGCUGUCAAAGACACGAAAUCGCCUUGACAUAGAAAAAAAGAGGCGAUUUACGUCUCUCUCUGACAGCUUUCAAGCCAAACAUUGA